CUUAUUAAAGUCCAUCUCUACUAGCAUGUCCCGGCAUUUUUAGCAGAUAGCGCGUGAAUUUCUUGUUUUGUUUUUGAAUUAAUGAAAAAAAUCAGAUAGUCAGGAACCGCAGAGAGCAGCCAUGGCCGACAGCCCGUUCCCGAUGAGCAAUCGCAGUGGCCUGCUGCGCACCACACUGAACAGCUCCCUGGCGCCGCAGAACCUGUCGCACUCAUUGCUCCUCCUGGAGCAGAGCAACGCGGCCGCCCUGGAGGAUCAAUCGCUGGUGGAGGACACUGGCGACGAUCUGGAUCGCGGCAAGAGCCGCGUCGACGUGCUGUUCCCACAGUUCUUCGACGUCCUGCAGACGCAGGGCGGCGGAUCGGAGACCUUCGAGGUCAUCCAGGCACUGACCCACGUCUGUCGCGGCGUCGUGGAGCAGCUGGAGCUAGAGAUAGAGCGCGGCGUGGGUGGGGCACAGGGCGCCCGGCAGCGGGAGUCCAUUCUGGGAUGGUUGCGCCAGGAGAUCUACACGUGGCGCCUGCUGCAUGCCCUCUACUAUGACCGCAUCCUGCUGCAGACCGACACCCAGGCGGACGACGAGAUGCAGGACGGCCCCACCCUAGGCGGCAGCGAAAAGGAAGUCAUCCAGCAGUUGUACACCAUUAACGCCACUCUCCGUGAGUACCAGUUGGUGGUCGACUGGCUGGAGGCCUGCUACGAUCCGGGGGAGCAACAGAAUCCACUGCACUGCCACGAUCGCAUGAUGGCCUGGGAAAACACACUGUUUCAGCUGGAGAACCUGCAAGGGGCCGCCUUUGGCAAGGGCCACGAGAUCGUGACGCGUCUGGAUCCAGAUGCCCCCAUCCGCGAGAAGCGCCCACUGCACGCCCUCGACGAGGAGGACAACGUACGCCUAUCCCGCGCCAUCUUUGCUGCCAUUCGCUCGGGACGCGUGGACGAAGGACUGAAGCUGUGCAAGCACUACGGGCAGACCUGGCGGGCGGCCAUUCUGGAAGGUUGGCGUCUCCAUGAGGAUCCUAAUUUCGAGCAGAACGUGUCGGCGGUCCACGAAAAGCUGCCCAUCGAGGGCAAUCCCAGGAGGGAUAUCUGGAAGCGGUGCGCCUGGAUGAUGGCCGACUCCAAAAACUACGACGAGUACAGCCGAGCCACAGCAGGCGUCUUCUCCGGCCACCUGGGCUCUCUGAAGUCCCUCCUGCACAGCAACUGGCACGAUUUGCUGUGGGCCCACUUAAAAGUCCAGAUCGACAUCCGCGUGGAGUCCGAGAUACGCGGGUGCUGUCUGAAGCGCUACCAGCCCAUGCCGGAUGAUUACUGGAACGGCAAGAUGACCAUGGAGCAGAUCUUUGACGAGCUAAACGUGGCCAAGGAUGCGUCAGUGCGGGACUUCGCCCAGGGGAACCUAGGCGUUAUCCAGCGGCAUUUGAUCUUGGACACUUGCGGCGAACUGUUGCAGCACAUGGUCCGUUGGGUGGAGAAGGAUGCUGGUCAAUUGUCACCCCACCAACUGCGCUUUAUGGCCCACAUUGUGCUUUUCCUCCGACAAAUCGGUCGCGUGGAGCAGGAGCGGCAGGCGGAGAAGAUCAUUGCAGCCUAUGUGGAGGCCUUAAUUGCGAGGGGCGAACCCCAGCUGAUAGCCUACUAUGCAGCAGCUCUGUCGAAUCCUCUGCAGGUGAAGCUGUACUCGCGUUUUUUGGAGCAGGUGGAGCAGAAGCGUCAGAGGGAGUUGGCUCUGGAUGCCGCCUUGCAAGCUGGCUUGGAUGUGGAACAGAUAACGCGCAUCACCGUGGAGAAUAUUCGCUUGGCUCAGCAUGCACCUGGCGAGUUCGGAGAGCCGCACUCGGGUGAGAUCUCUGUGCCGGAUCAGCGUAAGAUCUCGGCUCUGGAGUGGCUCCUCCAUCUGCCGGAACAGCGCGGCGAGUUGCUGUGGCAGGCGAAUGCCAUGAUGCGCACCUACCUGGCCUGCAGCAAGAUGGAAUGCGUGCGGCAGACCUUCCGCAUGAUCCCUGGCGACAUAGUGCAGCAGAUCGUGAGCUUGUACAGCUCGAUGGACAACGUUCCGCCGCGUGAAGAGUGCUGCCUGAAGGAGUAUCUCUGCUACAAGGUGUACCUGUCUGGCGUGAACAGCUUCGUGGAGUGGAACCGUCUGCAGCAGAACAGGCCAAAGAAGCCACAGGCUGGAGCUACUGGCUCCGCACAGGACAACUUCACGGAACGUAUGGCUAGUGAGCGGAAGGAGCAGGCCCACCGAUCGGAAGUCAUGCGCUGGGAGCACAAGGUCAAGGAGCAGGCCAAGCAAACCAUCGAAACUCUGUAUAACGUGCUGAUGUUCCCGGACAAGGGAUGGUUGGUGGAUCCGUUCACCUCCAAGCAACCGGAGAACGGCGUGCAGCUAAACUGGGAGAACCGCCUGCUGCAGAUGGAGAAGCUGCGGUGCAUUUGCUUGCCCGAGAUCGCCCUACUCCUGAACGAGGUCAUGUUCAAGUCCGGAGACUUUGUGGGCUGCGUGCGCCUGGCGGAUGAGAUAUCCAGCGAGAGUCGUCAGCUGUACAAGGUCUACACCAAGCACAAGCUGGCCGAGCUGCUGUCAAAGAUCGCUGACGCCUCACUGGAGCUGCUCAACUCGAAGCUGGAUCCCUGGGGCUACCCCAUCACAGUCUAGGACGCGAGCCCAGUACAAUGUGUGUGUUUUGCGAUUACAUUCUAACUUUAAACGUUUA